ACGAAUCAAUGCACGAAAACAUGCUCUGGAUGUGGAAAAAGAAAGAGCUGCCAGAGUUGCCAGUCUACCACCUCCUCCACCACAUCCUCUUGAGAAUUUUGAAGUGAAAAGGAUUCCUACAGUGAAGAUCUAUAAUGCUGACAACUUUCAUGUUACUCAUUAUCAUCUUUCAGAACCUUAUGUGGACAGAGAAAUGGACAGAGAACAGACAGACGCUCGGUUAGUUGCCGAAGAGGAAGGAAAGCGUUUGGAAGAGCUACAUAGAGAGGAGGAGAGAGAUAGAAGAGAGCAGCUGGAAAAGGCCCAUCUUAGAGGAAGUUAUGCCUUGAAGAAGGUCCGUUUGGCUCAGGACAGGGAGAGGUUGCUGAAAGAACUGGAACAAAUGCAGAGUAUGGACCGGCUGCGCAGGAGGCAGCUUGUAGCACAGAUGCCACCUCAGCUGUUUGUACCCGCGUACAAGCGACUGGAGAUAAAAGAAGACUGGCAGAGGGAACUGGAGUUUGCGUUUGAAGACAUGUACAGUGAAGACAGGAAGAUUCAGGGAGACCUGAUUUUGCACUUUGAGCCACAGCCAUUACCAUCCCCUUCUGAAAGAUCUCAAGACAAUGAACUUGAUAUCACUUUGGAGCAUGAAUCUGCUUGUGACACUGGACAAGAAUUGAGACAGACGAUAGAGGAAGUUCCUGAUGAAACAGAAAGUAAUGAAGAAGGAAAAACUCACAAAACUGAAUCAAAACUUGCCUUAAAGAAGUUGUUGAACAAAAUUAGAACCCAAAGAGAGGAGUGGACAUCAAAAUCUGAGAGAGAAUGUCAAAAUGAAAUUGAGACUAUUGAAUCGGGCACAACUGCUGGUGAAGAGAGACAAUUAUGUGAUAAAGAACUUAACCACGAACAACAUAAAAAUUCAACAUCUGCAAACAAAGACUCCGUGGAAAUUUUGGAAGAUGCAGUUAUAGCUGAAAAUUCAGUUCUAAUUCAUCCUCAAGAAGAAGCAGCUAAAAAUAGAAUGGAAGAGGAAAGAAAUAAGUGGAAUGAGCAAAUAGAGCAACAGAAACAGGAGCAGCUGGCCUUGCUUAAACAAAUUGAAGAAAAGAGAGCAUGUCUGGAGGCUGAUUUACAGAGGAUCCAGAUGCACCAGUGUUUGGAGGAGGCUAAGGAAAAAGCAAGAGAGGAGGAAGCUCAGGUGGUACGAAGCAGCAACAGUCCUCUCUCAGACCAGCAGAAAGAAGGGGAAGAUGAGACUGAAAUUACUGCUGUGUUAAAAACUGCAAGCCCCAGACAAGCCAGUCAUUUACAGAUGAUUCGUAGUUAUCAACAGCGUCUUCUACAGCAAAACAGACUGCACAAACAGACUGUUGAAGAAGCUAGAAAGUGCCUGCAAGAGUAUCAGAAUAAACUGAAGCAAAGAUACCCAAGUAUUCAUGUAACACCUCCAGGUUCUGCGGAAGCAAAGUCAGUUAGUUUAAAGUCGACCUUGGAACCCAUUCUACAGAAGCAAGAAGUGCAUCCCAUACAACAUGAGUUGUCUAAACAAAUUUGUAUGCAACAGAAUGGCCGGUCACUUCCUGGGAAUUCAGAAACACCACAGGCACUGGAAAAAACAUCGUCACAGAAAUAUGAAGAGCAAAUGCAUGUUUGUCCUGGUAGGCGUGUGCAGUUUUUGGAAACAUCAGAAGGGAAUCAAGGAAUGUUUCACUUGCCAUCUAGCUCUCCUUUGCAGGAGCAAGUGGAAAUCUUGGACUCCUCCAAUAUUCAAAUUAGAGAUUCAUUGCGAUUUCGGACCCUGUCAGGGCUGGGCAUGGCUUUGCAAGGGGACCCUGCUGUAGGGACGCAACCAGAAACCCAUAUACAACAGGUUAGAUUUGUUUUGCCUGCAGAAAAUUCCUGUGAACCUUCUGGAAUAUUUGAGCAGGAUAAGGAGUUGUCAUCUGGGAAGAUGUCAAACCAUCAAACAGAGGCAGAAGCUGUAAAAGAGCCUUCACUUGCAGUGCCCCUUCUGUCAGCAGCAGAGAGCGCUGGGGUAGCCCAGGCAGCCUCGAGUGAUCGAGUGAGGAGCCAGCAGGCACCUGCAGGGAGCAGCAUUAAAACAAGCUUUGAACAGCCCUGUUCUCUCUUUCAGCCUCUGGCUUCACCUCAUGAGGAACUUAAAGCCCAUGAGUUCUCGAUAUCAAAAAGUGGAGAUGCAUCUUUGUUAAAUUAUUCUAAUGUAUUGAAUUUAAGGGACCGGGUGUUGGCUUCUUCAGAGAGUAUCCAAGCCCAGCAAAAGUAUUUGAAGGAACUUCAAGAGCAGCUGGAUGCACAAAGAGAAGCUCUUCUUUUUAGACAAAAAAUACAAGAACAGCUACUUAAAAGGAAGCAGGAUAAGUUGAAGGAACAAAUGCAGAGACAACAGGAGGCUUUGAAAGAAUUUCUGAACAAGCAGGUAAAACAGUUCAGCACAAAUGAAGAAAUGAUACAAGCAAAGCCUAACAGUCUGACUGACUUCUUGCAAACCUCAGAAAACCACCAGCUAGAGGAUUGUGAAACAAGUGAGUUUCAUAAAAAUGAACUGAUUUUAAAGUAACAUCAGUCCAGCUGGGCACAUGGGCAAAGUCAUCAACCUGAGCAGCUUGAAUGUAAAGAACAGAAAUGGAGAUCUUCCAAACCACCUCUGGCAAAAGUCAAGCUAGGUCUACUUCAUUUGGAACAGCAUGAACUUAGUGUUAUACCAGAAGUAGACACACCAAGGAGCUGCAGCUCUUCUUUUGCAGAUAAAACAGAUUCUGCUUGUGGAGAAUCUCCUCCCAUUUCACCUGUCGGGGAAUUGGCCUGUGCCAGCUGCUACAGUCAUACUCUUCCUGAAGAUGGCAGGUUACCCAGGAGCAUAACAAGCUGUGAAGAACAAACCUCUAGUGGAAGUCUGCAGGAAAGUGAACACUCGGCCCGGCCCCAGGGUUCUCGUGUGCUUCAAGAUUUGCCAGUGCUUGCUGCUGAAACUGGGAUCAGAGGUGUAACCCCUUCUGGACCAUCAUUCAGACAUCACGAUAUGGUUAGUCCUAUCCGGGGAAUACUUUCUAAAGUACUAUCCACAAGCUUAAGUUCAGAGGCUUUCAUAGAAGAAGGACCUUGUGAUUCAUCUUCAACAAUCUCCACCGGAAGCUUUUUAACUAGUGAAAUACUGGAUGCAAGCCCUGCUGACACUGGGUUAUCUUCUGGCAGCACAGAAGAUCAGAUUUUGAGGGAAACAGCAAGCCACCCUUGGAACUCUUUGUUGCCUUUCAACAUGCAGUGGAGGCGAGAGAUUUUUUCUGGAACAUCUGGAGAUGUAGAAGCAUCAUCAGACAAUGCUCCUUUCCAAG